UAUACAUAUACACUCUGGAUUUAUUAUAUGAGUACAAGUAUGUAUACGCAUACAGAUAUAAUAUACUUAUACACAAGUAUAUCACGUAAAACUGGCGCAUGCGCAACAAAAAAUUACACAGCCCCGAAAAUGUCGGCUGGCUAAAGAAUACGUCGAUUAGUUAUCGCAAAAAUAUAUAAUAUUUAUUGGCUACUACUAAAGGCACUUUAGUAUCACAUUUUAUCUAAAUAGAGUGAGUAAUAUUGUACAAUAGAAUAUAAUAACAAAAAUUGUGGGAAUAACGGAUCACGAGUAAUUAUAAUAAUAUAUCGCGUGGCUUUCACGCGCAAUCGUGCUCCAGAUAACCGGCCGUAAGAGGCCUUAUGUCAAUCCCCGUACAAUAUCGGUCAUAUUGACCAAGUGCCAACAUGAAGAAGCUUUUUUCGAAAAUUGACAACACAUCUAAAGAGCCCAAUAGUUACCUGGGCAAAAUAUUUGUUGUCGGUCGACACACAGUCACCGUUGAGGAAGUCCUUGCUGAAGGAGGAUUUGCCAUAGUAUUUUUGGUUAAGUCAUCAAAUGGUAGAUAUGCUCUUAAACGCAUGUAUGUCAAUAAUGAACAUGAUCUCAAUGUAUGUAAAAGAGAAAUACAAAUUGCAAGCAAUUUGAGUGGACAUAAAAAUAUUAUAGGAUAUGUAGAUAGUAGUAUUACUCAUAUAGGAGGUGGAGUCCAUGAACUCCUACUUCUUAUGCCCUAUUGUAAAUCACAAGUCCUUCAAAUGAUGAAUAAUAGGUUACAAACGGGUUUUAGUGAAUCUGAAGUGCUACAAAUAUUUUGCGAUGUGUGUGAAGCAGUUUCGCGAUUGCAUCAUUGUCAAACGCCAAUUAUUCAUAGGGACCUGAAGGUGGAAAAUAUAUUACUUGCUGACUCAGGACAUUAUGUAUUAUGUGAUUUUGGUUCAGCUACGGGAAAAGUAUUGAAUCCAAGUGUCCAAGGUGCAGCAGUUGUAGAGGAAGAAAUAAAAAAAUAUACAACCUUGAGUUACAGGGCUCCAGAAAUGGUUGAUAUGUAUUGUGGAAAACCUAUAACUACUAAAGCUGAUAUUUGGGCAUUAGGAUGUUUAUUGUAUAAACUGUGUUUCUUUACUUUACCUUUUGGAGAAAGUACACUUGCAAUUCAAUCAGGAAAUUUUACUAUCCCCGAUAAUUCAAGAUAUAACAAAGCAUUACACAAUUUAAUAAGAUAUAUGCUAGAACCUGAUCCAGAUUUACGACCUGAUAUUUUUCAAGUGUCGUCCGUGGCUUUUCAAAUUCAAGGCAAAGAAUGUGCCGUACAAAAUUUAUUUAAAGUUGCAACGCCCACUAUUGAUAGUUUACCUAGUGCACCACUCGAAUCUGAAAGUGUAAAACGAUCAGCGUCGAUUAAAAUUUCAAAACCAACACCAGUAGCAUUAACAGUUGAAGGUACUUCCGUUACACCACGACAAAGGCCAAAAGGGCAAGGAGUAGGUACAGGUCCAAUUAGUUUAACUGGUCAGAUUGUUAGUCAAAUAUCUGGCCAAGGAAAUCAAAUACAACAGCAAAGUGGUACUUCAGUGUCUUACGUACAAGUUAAUCAAUCGGCAACAGUUAAUACCUCACAACAACCGUAUAUAGCUCAAGGUGUGCAAAUAGUACCUACGAUGCCGUCAAAUCAACCAUCACAACCCUUGCAGUUAUCAAUGCAAUCCUCUUUCGCUCAAGUCUCACCACAUAUUACUUCUCCAAGUCAAAGUGUUUCCUCCUUUGUACCCAAUCAGACUUCUCCAUUUAGUCAGUCUCAGAGCCCAUUAGCAUCUGGGCAUGCAUCCCAACUGACUCAACAAUCGCCUGUAACAGUUCAAGAUAAAACUGCAUAUUAUUUUGAUGUAAGACAACAUGAAAUAAGACCAGGAGUUGCUGAUGAACAAUUAGAAGCUUUAUUUCCAUCUUCCGGCUAUCCAGAUCCAUUUAAAGACGAUGCUCGGUCAAUGCCACCUCCUUGUAAAAUGCCAGCUUCAGGAUCAACCAAAGUUCUUCCAAAACUAACGACUCCAACAAGUAGUGGAUCUUCUAUGAUAUUUGCUUCACCAACUCAACUACCACAAAAAAUAAAUACUCCAUUAUCCCAAGCUAAAGCACCACUCACUUUCCCACUUCAAGCUUCUUCUAAGCAAACCAAUAAAUCUGAGAGUUUAAGUCAAAAUAUUAGUGCUAAUACUUCACCGCCGGAUAGUCCGACAGCGUCAUCAUCAAGGCAUCGAAGAAAUGUUAGUGAUACAAGUGCUUUCAAUAAGGUUUUUGCUAAUGAGACAUCUCAAUUUUUGGCACCUUAUGAUGCUUCAGUGAGACCGCAUUCAGAAGAAGAUACAUUACCAGAUAUUAAAACAGACGGAAGGCCGUGCAUCGGCACGAGCGCCUCCCAUGUACGUGUUGGUGAAUUGUCUAGUGUGUCAAGUGCAGAAAGUCGAUCUUUGAGUGCUGAUGUAUCAAUUUGGAAUCCUUUUGAAGAUACACAACCAUUUAACCAAUUAACAGAAGAUCAUAUUUUUGGAGCUGAAUUUGACAAAAUUCGACGGGGUAGUAACAGCAGUAUUGGUGGUGUUAAGAGUCGAGAAAGUUUAGUUAUGUCUUACUCAGAAGUACCAGAAGAUCCAUUUGAAUCGGCUCCUUUUUCAUUGCCUGCGGGUAAAAAAUCAAAACUUGGAUCCAAGACGACUGCAAUCGCUGGAGAAUCAGAUUUACGAAGUGGAAAGUUAACAACAGUUCACUGGAGUCCUGACACAGAACAGCCAGCGGCUGAUGAUGAAGCAUCUUUGUUAACAAAAUCUAGUCCAAUAUCACCCCAAUUCGUGCGUGUGCCCGUUGAAGAUCGGUCUAAAUAUGAAAAGCUGGCUUUCAAUGCUGACGAUUUGUCAAGUGACAGUGAUAAAGAAAUAGCACAAAGAAACCAAGAACGUCUGAAGAAAAAACGUCGCCGUGUAAAAGGUGUUUUAAGUAGACGAAAAAAAGAAGUGUCUUCUCAAGAAUCUGGUCAAACACCUGUCGAGUAUGAGUCCGAUGACUCAAUAGGAUCAGCGAGUGAUCUUAAAGCAAUGAAUUACGAAGACGGUAAUGAACUGGAUGAUGACCAAGAUGAAAAUGACGAUGAUCGUCGAAAAAUAGACGAAACUAUUUCAGAAAGUGUUCGCACUUGUGGCAGUUCGGCUUAUCAUGCAGAAUGUGAAUCUGUAGCAACUCACGAAGAUGAUCACAGAAUUAGGAAACCAAAAAGACAUCGUGAACAUCAAGCGUUACCUACAAUUCACGCAGAUCCUGUAGUAGGCCACCAGUAUGGUGAAAAACCUCUUUUACUUGAUGAUGAACUUGAUCCUGAAGCUAAACCUGGGCAGUUACACGGAGACCCUUUUGUUGGACAUCAGUAUGGUUCAAAGCCUCGUUUACCUGAUAAUGGCAGCUCUUCCGAUGAAAUAAAUAAGACUAAUAUUGUUAAAAAUGGUAUUUUUAAAACUGAUGAGGAUGUUUUUGCUUUAGCACCUUUUCCAAGACCAACAAGUUCACGUAAAAGUAGUGAUAGUAAAGAAAAUAUUAUUAAGAUAGUUGAAUCAACUAAUAAUAUACCUAAUACUCCACCAAAUACCAAUUUAAUAUCUCCAAUAACGGAUUCUCCAAUUGUUUCUGGUACAUUAGUUGAUAUUGACGAUAGUACAGAUUCAAACGUUAUAUUAAAAACUCCUGGGUUGUCGAAUGUACCUCUAGAAAGCUGGAAUAAUUAUGAAAAUGAUAAUUUUAUGAGUCCGCAGCCUGUUAAAUUUACUACUGAAGUAAUUAGAGAAGAUAAAGAUCUUUUUGGGUCAUUGCCAUUUAAUUCAAGUUUUACGAAUCCGUUUAAUAAGCUCGGUAAUUACCAAACAAAGACUGAAAUUACGUCUUUACCUUGUCAUACUAAUUCGUACUCAAACUUCAGUUUAAAUAACACGACUCAAAUAACAUCUCAGAAUAAUAGUCAAGUAAAUACUAUUAAUAGUAUUCCAGCUGUUAAUUACAGACAAGCAACAGCUAAUACAAAUAUUAUAACUAUUAAUAAUACAACACCUAAAGAUCUUUUUGGGUCAAUUCCUUUUGACGAAUUUGCAACUUUGACUCUUAACAACCAACAUCAGCAACAACAGCAACAACACCACCAACAACAACAACGACCUACAUCAUUGCCGUUAUCACAAUCUCCCGGAUUUGUAGAUAAUGCACUUAAUACCAUUUUGUCAAGCAGUGCCCAGUCUACGCACUCCUGUCAAUUUUCUUCAUCAGUAAUGAAUAUGCAGCCACAGCAACAGCAGCAGUUACCACCUCAAUCAGUUUAUGUGAUACAACAACCCGAAGUACAACAGAUUCAAACAGCGAGAAUAAUUGUCAAUGCGACCAACAGUGUAUCGAUAUCAAAUAUAUCGCCGGAUAUUCUAUCACCGAUGUCACCUGAACCCCUAGUCGUUACUGAUCAAUCAUUGAAACACAAAAAAGACAAGGCCAAAUCGUCAGAUAAAUCCAAGUAUCAUCUCAUUGGCGAAAAUCGUAGCGAUGCUAUUAAUGUAUUAUCUGUUAAAACGCCACACAAGUCCAAAGGCGUUUCUUAUAAAAAGACACCUAAGUCGAAAAAAGGCGCUGUUACUGCUGGAUUCAGUAAUAUGAGCUUUGAAGACUUUCCGAGUGAUGAAAACGAUGAAAAAACGGUAAGUGGAUCUGCCGUUACGCCUUUCGAAGUUAUUCGUGAACCGGAGAAACGUUUCGGAUCACUUAAACGAAGAAGCAAUCCAUUUACUUGAGAAACCACCAAUGAUAGUUGUAUUUAAGCUACUUUGUUUGUAAGUUAUUAUAUUAUUUUUAUUUCUUUAUUUAUUUAUAAGAUUUUUUUUUUCUUUAUUUAAUGAUAAUACCGAUAUCUCAUGUGUGUUCGAAUUGUAGUUCACAUUACAAUAUUACAACUUUGUAAUGGUGAUAUUCAAAAAAUCUAACGAUCACGAAAGCUAAUGAUUUUUCUGUUAAAUUUUUUUAUAAAAAAUUAUAUACGAAGUACUAUAAGACAAGUGUGAAAAUACUUAAUAUAAAGUGUCAAUUAAUGUACAAAAAUGAUUUACUAUCAAAUAGUUCGUAGAGUAUACAAAUAUAUUUCAAAUAUAUAUUUUACAUUCAUUUAAGUUAGUUAGGUUACUAAAGGAGAUAAUUAAUGAUACUUUGUACUUUUUGAUUAAAUUUCUUAACUAACUUUCCACUUAUUGAUUAUUUCCGAGAUUAAUACAGUACAUCAGAGACACUACAUGGACAUUGGUCCAAAUUACGUUUAGGAUAAAAAAAACUUGAAUUCACACUUUUGCUGAUUAAUUACGCAGGGUAUGAACUAGAUAAUCAAUUAUCACAAUAUUAUCUUUUAAAUAUUAAGACUUUUUUCAUUUCAAUGACUGCAAAAAAGACAUUUCGAAUCAACCUUUACCUUGCCAUUUUUUCACUUUACCUUAAUUAUUUAUAACUGCAUUUAUUUACACACCUUUAUUAUAAUUAAAUUAAUUUACCAAAAAAAAUUUUGUCCAUCACUCUUAAUGCCAUGACUUAAUUAACCAUCACUUACAUUUGAUUCAAAGAUUCAAACUUUUAUUCCAGUUAAUAAAUUUUUUUUUUUUUAUAAAAAUUUUUCAUCAUUCCUUUUUCAUAUUUUUUAAAGAUAUUUCUUUAUUAGUUUUUUACCGAGAUUAGCACACUUUUUUUUCAAUUUUUUUGAACUACAUUUGACAACCAUGAUAUCGGUCUUGAAAUAAUAAAAAAAUUUUUUGAUUUGUUUAUUUUUAGUCAACGAGUCUCAUUUUGUUUUAAGUAUGUGGCUCACACAACUUAAAAAAAAAAUUUUGAAAAUAAUGAUUUUUAAUAUUUAAAAAAAAAUAUAAUAAUAUAUCUCUCUUCGGUUAAGAUUCUGUUAAUUAAUUUAUAAUGCUAUAUUAACAUUAAAAAGCACCGCUUUUUCAUCUUAUUACCUCGAUAAAUUGCUAAAAAAUAAAUAUUAUAUUAUUUCUAAUAAUAUUUCACGAAUUGUAUCGUGAGCCUAAAAAUACCUGACUAGAAUGGUGCGUUAAAUUAUAACUAAUAACAAAAUAGUAUUUAUCUAUAAAAUAAUGAAAUAAAUUAUAAAAGCUGGUAAUUGUUUUCAUUAAAAACUAACUGUGCUUAUUGUUUAAAUUUAAAAAAAAAAAAAAAAAAAAAAAAACUCGGCAUCUAGAAACCAAAAACAAGUUAAUCAAUA